AUGGCGCACUACUCGGACAAGACGCUGGUGUGGACGGCGAAGCAGCCGGCAGUGAAGGAGGACAACCUGCCCGCGGAGCCGCUGUCGACGGCGUCGCCCACCGUGCCCUCGCUCUUCGGCGUCCCUCUCAAAUACAUCUCUCUAGUGACUCUGGCAGUCCAGAAUGCAUCCCUCACGCUCCUCAUGCACUAUUCACGCGUCUCCACCCCGCCCGACCAGACCUACUCCGCAGGCUCUGCCGUCCUGGCCACCGAGCUCCUCAAGGGCCUCAUCUCCCUCCUCAUCGCCUUCUCCCGCCUCGAUACCACUUCCCCAUCACAUACCCUCUCCCUCCCCCCCCAGCAAAAGUUCGCCUCUGCGCUCAAUCCCCGCGUCUUCUUUUCCCGCUGCAGGCGACUCGGGAAAGAGGUGUUUAGACCUGACUGCUGGAAGCUCUCCAUCCCCGCUAUACUCUAUGUUAUUCAGAAUAAUCUCCAGUUCGUCGCCGCUUCGAACCUCGAAGCGGCCACCUUCCAGGUCACCUAUCAAAUGAAGAUCCUCACGACUGCAGCCUUCUCCGUCGUCCUUCUCCGGAAAAAGCUGACGCCCCUCAAAUGGGUCGCCCUCUUCUUCCUCGCCCUCGGCGUCGGCAUCGUUCAGAUCCAGUGUGGUGUCUCAAAGGGGGCCGAUUCUUCUGCCGUCGCUUCUUCCGGCGCACACGUCAUGGACCCCAUCCGAGGCUUCCUAGCCGUCGCUGCUGCCUGCUUCACCUCCGGUCUCGCCGGCGUCUACUUCGAGAUGGUCCUCAAGAACACCUCGGGCGACCUCUGGGUCCGCAACGUCCAGCUCUCCCUCUUCUCCCUCCUCCCCGCUCUCGUCCCCAUCAUCCUCGCUCCCUCCUCCUCCCCCGACACCCCAGCGCACUCCGUCCCCUCCCUCUCCCACAUCUUCGCAAACUUCACCCCCUGGGCAUGGGCCACAGUGCUCACCCAGGUCCUCGGCGGCCUCAUCACCGCGCUCGUCAUCAAAUACGCGGAUAACAUCAUGAAAGGCUUCGCCACCAGUCUCUCCAUCGUCCUCUCCUUCCUCGCCUCCGCAGGCCUCUUCCACCUCCCCAUCACCGCCCCCUUCGUCGUCGGCGCUUCCGUCGUCCUCUGCGCUACAUGGCUCUACUCGCAACCGGACAACAAGAAAGUCCCGUUCUUCCGCUCGCGCAGAUCUUCCGACGCCGCCGUGCUACUACCACUCUCAUCACGCAACGCAUCGAGUUCUUCGCUCUCUUCUUCGCCUAGACCGAGGGUAUCACAUAUACAUACGCCUUCCGCGUCGACUUCGGCGUCAUCUUCGCCUGCUGCGACGUUUGCUAGUGUCCACCAUCACCAUCAGACCUCCGUCACGCGUCCGGGCCAAGCACUUAACCUAUUGCCGUCCAUAGGCCGGAGAACACCGCCUUCGUCAUCACCUACCACAUCGCCCACGACCCCGACGAGUGAGUACGAGCGGGUACUUGGCGGGGUUGGUGGCGUGGCAGGAACAGCAGGAGCGGGAGCACCGCUGAUCGAGGUCGUGACGCCCGGGGGAUUGAGUGUUCCGGUCCCGCCUGUGACGAGGUCGGUGAGUAUGCCGACGAUUAGCGGCGGUGUGGGUGGGUUGGGGUUGGGGAUGGGAACGGGUGGGAAGGAGGAACGGACGGGGACGGUGGGGGAUGUAUAG